AUGACUGCUAUUCGCAGCGUCGUCCUCGCUGGAGUCAGCGGCAACCUCGGCCCAGCCAUCCUCUCCGCCGUCUCCGCUGCCCCCUUCAACGUGACCGUCUUCACCCGCCCCGGCUCCUCCCCUCCCAAGACCCCCGGCGUCGAAACCAUCGAAGUCGACUACGAGUCCAUCGACGACCUCGCCUCCAAGCUACAUGGCAAAGACGCCGUCAUCUCCACCAUCCCACCCACCGCCGCAGCCGCACAAACCAACCUCAUCCACGCCGCUGCCACCGCCAAGGUCGCUCGCUUCAUUCCCUCCGAAUUUGGAUCCGAUCUUGAUAAUCCACUGAACCGCGCCGCGCCCGUAUACCGGCCCAAGGUCGAGGCGCAGGAGCUGCUCAAGUCGUUGGCGGCCGAGGGCAAGCUGACCUAUACGAUUGUGUACACGGGCGCGUUCCUUGACUGGGGUCUUCGUGCGGGGUUCCCGAUUAACCCUGUCAAGAAGAUUGCUGCGCUGCAUGAUGGUGGGGAGCGGUUGUAUAGUACGACCACCCUUGCGACGAUCGGCAAGGCGGUUGUUGGUGUCUUGAACCAUGUCGAGGAGACGAAGAACCGUGUUGUGCGUGUCGGAGAAGCUAGCACGACCUUGAAGGAGGUUCUUGCGCUUUCGCAGGAGAUUGUCGGCAGCGAUGGUUGGACUGUUACCGAGCCCGAUACCACUGAGGCGGUUGAGAAGGCGCUCGUUCAGGUGAAGCAGGGGAACAUUAGCCACGAGACCAUCUUCCCCUUUAUCUUCAAGGCGAUCUGGGGUGCGGAGAAUGGUGGACACUUUGACAAGACGGAUAAUGAGCUGCUGGGAAUUCAGCAGCUGGACAAGGCUGGUAUCAAGCGGGUCAUCCAGAGUGUUGUUGACGGCGAGUGA